UGUAAAUACUUUCCUAACUAGUAAUCUAAGGACUUUGAAUCAAAAUAGAAGUAUAAUUCCUUGUUUUUAUUGGCCGUCAUUUUAAAAAGCUUUAAAUAUUGAGGUGCGAUAACCGUAAAAUCGAUUACGACACAGUGACCUUUUCUGUCAGGUCACUGAAAUCAACAUCAAUAUAAACCAGGCACACUUGACAUCAUCACUACAUUAUACUACGUCAAUACAUCCAUCUACAGUCGUAUUAUACACACUACAUCACUACUCGUCCCCAUUCGUCAUCAUCGUCAAAGCCACUAAGAGAUGGAGAAACAGCAGUACAAUAAGACACCGAAACUAGAAAAAACAGUUUUGAAGCUAAAGGAGGCAAGUGAAAAAAAUCAAAGAGAACUAUGUUUGCUGAAAGAUCAGUGUUUGGCCACAAUGGAAUAUCAGUGUCAUCUACUAACAUGUUUGAAUGAUCUGAGAUGUCAACAGAUUGCUGAAUUGCAAGAAAGGCUUAAUUUUUUCACCAUGAAUCUUGGCCAAAUCACACAGCAGCUGAUAUUUGUCAAUAAUAGACUGGAACAUGAUGGUGACUUUGAUAACCGGGCUUUGCCUCACCAACGCCAACACCAACACCAACACGGCAUUUUGGAUAGACUGGCGCUCGAACUACGUUGUGGAAUUUGUUCGGAGAUUGUGGUUUUCGCAACCACUUUAAAUUGCAUGCACACAUUCUGCCAAUACUGUGUUGCCCAGUGGAAAAACGAGUCGCCUGCUGCUGGCUGUCCGGUUUGUCGGGAGCCAACAACUUUCGAAAGGAGGAACUUCUUGGUCGAUAACAUGAUUGCCAUUAUGGUCAGUUUGUAUUCCAAAGAUGAAAAAAUUUCCAGAAAGGAAUUGGUAAAGCAGCAAGAAGAAUUGCACCGAAAUCUUUUGGCUGGAUUACGAACACCCGAGUCCAAUAAUCCUCGAAUUCGGAGUCGGAUUCGAGAGAUUCGGAUUCGGAGAGAUUAGAGCGACAGGAGAGACAUUAGCAGAUUGAGGAGAUUAGCUACAAAUAAUGAAGCUUCCGAAUCAUUUCAGCCGUCUCCAAUGAUUACUCGUAACUUUAUUCAGAAUACAAC